GACCCCCUGUCUCCCCAGCCUAGCCGUAUCCUUUUCCUGACCCAGAUAGAUUAGAUGACAUACCCCCAGGAGCGACCCAUUAUCCGAAACAAAGACACCCACCCGAACCUAGGCGGCCAAGGACAAGAGGCUGGUCUUGACCGAGUGCCGACGUCCUUCCACUUCACGGGUAGUUUCGGAGAAAAUCGGUCUGUUAAAAAACAAGAAGAAAACAUGGAACAGAUAGCAGUGAAAUUGUAUACGAUCUACGAUUUUUCUGAUUCUGCUUUCCUUUGCCCUGUUUUUGAGGAAAGGUGA